AUGAGAGCACUUGGGGCAGUUGCUUGGGCAUGGCUGCUGCUCCUGCUGCAGGUAGCCGGGGCAUCCCACGUCGUCUACGAGAACCUGCUCGAGCUGGAGGCGGCGGCGGCGGCGGCGGACGCCGUGCCGCCGUCCAUCGUCGACCCCCAGCUGAGGGCCGGGUACCACUUCCAGCCUCCCAAGAACUGGAUCAACGACCCCAACGCUCCGUUGUACUACAAGGGCUGGUACCAUUUCUUCUACCAGUACAACCCCAAGGGCGCCGUGUGGGGCAACAUCGUGUGGGCGCACUCCGUGUCGCGCGACCUCAUCAACUGGAUGGCGCUGGAGCCGGCGAUCGAACCCAGCAUCCCGUCAGACCAGUACGGCUGCUGGUCCGGCUCCGCGACGAUCCUGCCCGACGGCACGCCGGUGAUCAUGUACACGGGCGUCAACCGCCCGGACGUCAACUACCAGGUCCAGAACGUGGCGUACCCGCGGAACAGGUCGGACCCGCUGCUCCGGGAGUGGGUGAAGCCCGGCUACAACCCCGUCAUCGUGCCCGAGGGCGGCAUCAACGCGACGCAGUUCCGCGACCCGACCACCGCGUGGCGCGCCGGCGGGCGCUGGCGGCUGCUCAUCGGCGGCGUGGCCGGCGGCGGCACCCGCGGCGCGGCGUAUGUUUACCGGAGCCGCGACUUCAGGCGGUGGGCGCGGGUGCGGCGGCCGCUGCACUCGGCGCCCACGGGGAUGUGGGAGUGCCCGGACUUCUACCCGGUGGGCGCGGACGGCCGGCGCGCGGGGCUCGAGACGUCGGCGCUGGCCGGCCCGCGGGUGAAGCACGUGCUCAAGAACAGCCUCGACCUGCGCCGGUACGACUACUACACCGUCGGCACGUACGACCGGAGGGCCGAGCGGUACGUGCCGGACGACCCCGCCGGCGACGAGCGCCGCCUGCGGUACGACUAUGGCAACUUCUACGCGUCCAAGACGUUCUACGACCCAGCGAAGCGGCGGCGGAUCCUGUGGGGGUGGGCCAACGAGUCCGACACCACCGCCGACGACGUCGCCAAGGGGUGGGCCGGGAUUCAGGCGAUCCCGAGGACGGUGUGGCUGGACCCCAGCGGGAAGCAGCUGCUGCAGUGGCCGAUCGAGGAGGUCGAGGCGCUCAGGGGCAAGUCGGCCACUCUCAAGGACAGGGUGAUCAAGCCAGGGCAGCACCUCGAGGUCACCGGGCUGCAAACCGCACAGGCUGACGUGGAGGUGAGCUUCGAGGUGCCGAGCCUGGCGGGCGCGGAGCCGCUGGACCCGGCGCUCGCCAACGACGCGGAGCGGCUGUGCGGCGCCAGGGGCGCGCCCGUGGAGGGCGGCGUGGGGCCGUUCGGGCUGUGGGUGCUCGCCUCCGCCGACCGGCAGGAGCGGACCGCGGUGUUCUUCAGGGUGUUCAGGGCGGCCGCCGGCAGCGACGGCAAGCCCGUCGUGCUCAUGUGCACUGACCCAACCAAGUCAUCUCUGAACCCAAACCUAUACAAGCCGACGUUUGCAGGGUUCGUUGACACGGACAUCUCAAACGGGAAGAUUUCUCUGCGAAGCUUGAUCGACCGGUCGGUUGUGGAGAGCUUCGGAGCCGGGGGUAAGACGUGCAUCCUCUCCAGGGUCUACCCGUCGCUGGCCAUCGGCAAGAACGCCCGCCUCUACGCGUUCAACAACGGCAAGGUGGACGUCAAGGUGUCGCGCCUCACGGCGUGGGAGAUGAGGAAGCCGCUCAUGAAUGGCGCCUGACGUAUUACACGCGAGCUUCUUCCAUUGUGUCCGGUUCACAUCUGGCGCGUCUUUUCUUUUCUUUUCUUUUUCUAUUUCAGGUGUCCCGGCCCGCACGUUUUCUGUCGUCGAAUGGAUGAUGGAUCGUGCUCCAUUGUACCAAAAUUGUGCGAUGGUUUGGAUUGCGUU